CCAUGCACACAUUUCGCUGUUUAUUAAAUUUCAUACGUGUACCAGACUUUUUAAGUUGCGCGUCAGUAUAUGUCUGAAAGUCUAGUUGAAAGUGUGGUGUAUGUGUAGGCGUUGAUGCAAAGACUGGCAUUUUAUUGAAAUAUAACUUUCAUAAGAUAUCGAAACAGAUACAUUUAGUUACUGUGUUAUAUCUCAUUAUCAGCAUAUAAUAUUUAAAAAGCAUUAUAAUACAGCAUAAGCACAGUUCAGUUCCAGUUGUGGUUGUUUUAAAAAUCCGUAAGAGCAUAUUGUUCAUCUCACUUUCUCCUCAAGCAUAUUACUAUCAUCACGAUUACAAUUAAUUAGAAGUAUACAUCACAUUCACCAAAUUCUUUUUCUUACCAAACUUGAGAUCUAAAAUGGAAGCUUUACCUACUGAUGUUCUUUUCACUAUAUUCGAUCGCUUACAAUUGAAAAAUGUGGUUCGAUUGCGUGCUACAAGUAAACAAAUGAAAGAUGCUGCGGACAUAUAUAUAUGCCAUCAAUUCGCAGUCAUUAAGAAGAACAUUAAAAAAGCCGUUGAUAAAAGACUAAUACCAACAUAUAUAGUUUAUAUAGCACUCGAUCGUAUUUUAAAAGAUAUGUCUCAAAAAACUGGAUUCUAUUUAACUAUAAUUGGAAAUUUACAAAAAAUACCAUCCUGUAUGGAUAUUAAUUGUUGUAUGAAUACAAUGUUAAGACUUCGUGAUAGAAUGUCAGGUGGUGUUAAGAUCAAGCUUACUGAAGAAAUACGCUUGAAUCUUAUGUUCUAUCAUGCUGCUAUAUAUAAUUUAAUAACAAUUUGGUUGAAGCACUAUGAAGUCUCGCAUACUGUAAACAAUAAGAGCGUAUAUCACAAAUAUGAAGUAAAGAAACGAAGUUCCGAAAUGCGGGUAAAUGUAUACAAAACUGAACUGUCGGAAAUAUUACGGACCUUAGUAAUUAAAAGCGGUUAUACUAGAACAAGAUUUCAGGAAAUAUUGAGUAUGACAGAAGUUGAUUAUAGAGACAACAUAACUAUUAUAUUGACUGCAACUGAAGGUAUUCAAAAUUUUUUCAAUGGCACAGUUAGUAAACAGAACGAAGCUAUACCAGAACUAUCACAAACCAAGGGAAAAAAUUUUAAAAUAUCCUACUCUUUCGACUUCUUUUCACGAUAUGCUAUUUAUAAUGAAGUGUAUACUUAUAAUUUGACUGGUAAACAUCAAUACUUUCAUUAGUAACUAUAUAAGAAAUAAAAGUGAAUAUACAUUUGUUAAUGUUGGAUAAUCUUCAGUUCUAAGUAAACAAUAUUUGAACUAAAAGUAGUGUAAACAGUCAUGGCGAAAGAGUAAGAAAAAAAUUUUAAGCAUUUUUAUAAAAUUACAUUUAAGUCUCUAAGUAAUUUAAAGUAUUGAGAAAAUAAUAAUUAAAUAAAAGAAAAUAUGUAUAUAUAUAUAAUAUAUAUACAUAAUUAUAUAUAAACCAAAACAUAUCUCUGUUACUUAAAAUAGUGGCUCUGAUAAAAUAGAUUGGAAAAUUGAUGUGCCCGAAUAAUUGGAUUCGGGUCCAAAUUAUAUAUAUAAAAUACGGAUAGUCUACUAUUUUAACUAACCCCUCUGUUUUUAUUAAAUCUUAUUAACAGAGAGGUUACUUUACUUUUAACUAAUUGAA